UUAAGCCAUAGCAAAGCCCUAAACCCUUAACUUUUGUGUUGUACCUUAAACCCUAGCGAAGCCCUAAAGUAUGUUGGAGUGUAUCUUCUGUUACUCUUGGAUAACACAGGCCUUCAAUUGAAUAAUGCUAUAAGAUACCCAUAACUUAUUUAUUUUUUUCACACAUUCUCAUUUCAGGUUUGUAGUCUUUGUGAACUCCUAGAAUUUUCACUGAGUGAAAUUUAGAUGCAUUGGAUAUCUAUUAUUUUAUUUUUUUUGUAGUUUUUCUUCCUGCUAUAACAAUAAUUUGAGUCCUAGUUGGACGACAUCUUCUGUAACUUGUAAUUAUUUAUUAGUUCUUUGACAUUUCCCUGUUAUCUCAGCCAUUUUCAGGAAAUAGUUUCUCACUCUAUAUAAAUCUCUUGUAAAAUGAACAGGGAUUACUGGAAAUCUAGGAAUUUCAAAUGAACUUCUAAAAAUUUGUUGGCAAUUUCAUUUUAUUGGAAAACUGUUGGAUAAUUGUCACGCUAUGUAAAAUUUUGAAUCUUUCUGGUCUUUGGAUAUCUAGUUUGGCUAGUUUCUUUGAUUAGAAUCCAACUUGUUUUUACAUUAUCAUUCAAAGUAAUUUAGAUUAACUUUAGUGAUUCUGAAAAGAAAGUUUGUGUUUGUGUUUGUAUUUGUGGACCAGUGUCAAAGGAAAUACUCUUUAUUUAUUUGUGUAAAAUAGGGUUACUCAUGAACUUUGAAAUAGUUUUGGGAUUUUGAUCUUUUUGUGAGAGGUAAGGGAAGGAAUUUUGAUAUUAUUUCAUAUUUUUGGUCAUUCAGUUUUAUUGUGGUCCUAAUAAAAAAAUUGUUUAUCUCUCUGAAACUGCCGGAUUAUAUUUUCUCAAAUUAUGCUUCACAACACAAGGUACUCAAAUUGAAAACUAUGAUAUUUUCUGUUAUGAAAGGAAAUAAAACAUUGUGGCUCUCACUCAUUUUAUUUUACUCUCUAUGUUCUUUUUAAUCAUGUGUUGAGUCUUUGAUUUAUAACCUUGCUCAGUAUUUAUUUUGAUUAGGAUUUCUCGUUCCUUAGCACAUAUCAGUUGAUUUCCAAAACAUACUAGAUUAUUUCUUUGCUUUGUUUUAGUCAGCAUUCCAUGAGACUCAGGUCCACUCAGACUCGGUUGUGUUACUCGGCCUUGCCCAAACUCACUCUACGGACGAGACCGAGCAGGGUGGGUUGAAGGCAACUCGCCCCGCCCUUAUAAAGCCCUUAAAAAAAAUAAAAAAAUGCAAAGAAAGGGGAAAAUCCAAUAUCUUAGUUAGAAAUGAGUUUUUUUAUAGUUCAGAUAGUUUUUUGGAUCAUUUAGAAACUCUCAAAAUUUUUUCCCUUAUUUAUAAACUUUUUCUGAAAUAUUCAAGUCCUAAAUCAUAGAAUGAUGGCAACAUGCCCAUACGAUGACUAUAGUUGAGAUGAGAAUACUGAGAUUGAUGAAUUGCAAGACAAGAAAUGAUAGAAUUCGGAAUGAAUACAUUCGAGGGAACGUAGGGAUGGCUCCAAUAAGUGACAAGAUGAGGGAAAGUAGACUUAGAUGGGCUGGCCAUGUGCAACGCAGACCCAAUACAACACCGGUUAGGAGGUGUUAUCUAGUGCAAUUGGAAAACUCUAAGAAGGCAAAGGGAAUGCCAAAUGGGCAUAGAUGGAAGUAGUGAGAAACGAUAUGGCCACUUAUGGUCUUACUGAAGGUAUGGCCAUGGAUAAAGCAAAAUGGAGGAGCAGGAUUGGGCAUAUGCUAUCCCUUAUGCCAGAAAAGCAGCUUAUCAACGUAGUGGGGACAGUUCCAAACGGCACAGCAUUCAUCGAGCUUUCCACAAACGAACUCGGUUUCAUAUACGAAAGAAGCUUGGUCAAAAAAAUCAAAAAGUGUUUAGAUUUUAAAAGACCAGAGCCUGGGCUUUUAGUAGAUGAAGAGUAUGAGGAGAUUGAAAGUCCAGCAAAUCAAAUUGAUGAUUCCAUGCAAUUCAAGGGACUGCAUUUGCGUGAUAUAUCUCAUUGCUUGGUGCCCCGGAGGUUGAUUUGUGAGGUUGCUUAUGGAAUAGAGGCUGUAAUUUCAGGCAUUCACAUGCUGGUUGGUUAUUGGUCAGGACCAGAUAGUGAUGAUGGUUGUGGUUAUGUAGAGGCUGCACUUGUUCAAAUUCUUCCAUCUUAAACUAUUGUGUAUUCCAUCUUGUCUCUCCCCCUGGUUGAGUUUUUUCGAUUUUGAUUUAAAUUGUGCCUCUCUCUCUCUGGUC